AUGUUUCAUAAAAUCUUUCUCGACUUCUUUCCUUUAAAAUUCUUCGUUUUUUUUUUUCAAUAUUGCACCUUUCACCACUUUUUUCCUUUUUUGUUCCUCCUUUUCAUUAACGUCUCUUUUUUCUUUAUUUUCUUUCUUUCUCUUUUCUUUUCUUUCUUUCUCCUUUUCUUUUCUUUCUUCCUCUUUUUCUUUUCUUUCUUCUUCCAAUUUUCGUUCUUCAUUCUUUCUUCAUUUCUUUAUCUUUUAAAAUAUAUUCGUUCUUUAUUUAUUCACUCCCCGAGUCUCUCUUUCAUUCAUUAUUUCUUCCAUUUUCGUCUAUUCGUUUUCAUUUUUACUUUGUUUUCAUUCCAGUAUUCUGUCCCCGUUUGUAUCUUCCAACCUUCUUUCCUCUUUCUUUCUUUUUAUACUUUCUUUUCUUUCUUUCUUUCUUUUUAUUCUUUUUUCUUUGUACCUUUCUUUCUAAGAAUCCAAAUGCCUUUAUCUCUUAUUUCUCCUCUUCAUUCUCUCCUUAUUUCAUUUAUUGGUUCUUUCUUCUUUUAUACGAUUUCAGUUACUGAUGUGUUAUCUAAUCUCCUCUUCUUUCUUCCUUUCUUUUUCGUUUCUCAUUUUCAUUUUGUCUUUCUCUUCAUUCCAACUUCUUAUCCGAAUUUUUGUCUACUUCCUUCCGUUCUUUCUACCUUCCUUGGUUCCUUUCUUCCAAUCUUCCUUUCUUCUUUCCUUCCUUCCAAUCUUACUUCCUUCAUUACUUACUUUUUUUUUCUCUGA